AUGGCACUCAGCGGGGAGUUUGGAGCUUUCAGAGGCGAAGAACAUCAGAGACACUUGGUGGAGCUCGCGUGGAGGCGCCGACGGGGAGGCGAGGGACUCUGGGAGAGACUGCGUGCAGCUGGGCCUAAUCGUGGCGAGCAGGAUCUGCGGGUUGACCGGCGGGACCUGCUGGUUGCCUCUGGCGUCAUUUUCUGUUACGGCGGCACCAAAACAAUAGCGGCUAUUGAUAGUAAACCGGAGAAGAUGCAUGGUGAGAAGAAGAAGAAGGUGGAGAGGGACUGCGUGCGUACAAUAAAAGGAGGCUUAGGCCUAACGGACGCUAAAACAGAACGCGACGAGGAUAAACCACUCCAAUAA